CAAAGGCCAGCUACCAGAGUUUCUGUCUGUAGCCUUUCCCUUCCUUUCCCCUUCCCUCCUUCUUCCUAGCCUUUUUUCGGCGUCGUCUUGCUCUGAAUCUGCCCGGCGGACCUGCCGAGGCUUCGCGGAGAAUCGAGCGGCGGCAGCGACCAGAGAGAAGCCACAGAUUCCCUCACCGCUAGGUAGAUUUUGUCGUUCACUUUUCUUUCACUCUUUCCAGUUUACUCGGAGAGCUUGGAUCCCUCGUUUCGUUUUUCGUCCCCAGCUUCAGUCCGCGUCCCCGAACCGCUGGCGAGCACACGAACGUUUUUGAUCAAGACACGGAGGAAAUUCGAUCAACAGCAAGCUUUGGCAGUAAGCGAAGACCACUGCUUCUGUCUGGGCGUCAUGAGGAACACUGUUUCUCUGUCGUCUUUCUCUUCUGUCUCUUCCUCCCGUCGGUGAAACGCGAAGACUGCCCACGGCGACCUCUGCGCUGUGGACUCCCCGGAGUCGCGAGUCGCGAAAAAGACGGGGAAAAAGAUUCAUACACCGGGGAAGCUGGGGAGGCCGAGAGAGACGGGGGAAGGGGGAAUCAGGGACAGGCUGGCAAUACGGAGACAUCAAAGUUCGGCGCGGCAGAAAGACAAGACACACGUUGCAAAGUGGAGACGCUCUUCUCGAGUUCAAGCGGCCCUCUUGUGUCCGCAUCUUCCCCUAAAAAAUAGACUCGUUGACGGCCUUCCCUCAGUCUUCUUUCUCGCUCUACGGCCGCCUCUCACUCUCAGGUCUUUUCGCUUCUGUGAUGAACGAGAAAGCGCUAAACUGCCGACGCAUGCUUGCCCUUCCAGGGAAAGAAGUUUCAGUUGCGAGCGUCAGCGCAAGAGCUCUCUUCUCGCCGCUCGUUCGCAACCUUCCCCGCUGUGGAGUCUGCUCCAACGACGGCGGCAUCCUCGCAGCCUGUGGCGCCUUCCUUUCGCGAGCCUCAACUGCAUGCACCGUCCCCUGCUGCUACACGAGACGCAGACAGAGGAGAAACAGCAGAUGAAGAGCUGAAACUGAAGCAAACCGGUAAAGACAGCAUCAUGCCCGCCGUCUUAGCCGAGUGAAGAAGAAGAGUCUCCUUCCACGUUUUCGAUGGGAGAGAGCAAACGAAUCCAAGUCGCUCACCAUGGUGGGUGUGCAGCUGCGACUCAAGCGCUCUCCGCAAGGAGUUUUUCUAUCCCUUGCGCUCCUUGUCUUUGGAAGUUCCCCCUUUUCUCAAGCGGCUUCCGGCGGAAACGCUUCUCUCUGCAACGCUGGCCAAUUCGGGAACCCACCGAACUGCAUGCCUUGCCCAGUCGACCACUACGGCCCCGCCGAGGGCAUGAGCGAGUGCAUGUCUUGUCCCCUCCAAGCGACUACUCUCGGCCUCACGGGCGCGGCGUCGAUUGGCGCUUGUUCGUGCAGCAAAGGGUACUACUUGAACGCUCAACUGGCGACCUGUGCGUCCUGUCCGCUCCCCGCAACAAGGUUUUAUUGUCCAGGGGGCGUCACAGCCGACAACAUCGAGACGACAUGCAAGGGACUUGACGCAGUCUCGCAAGGCGGCUGGUGGAUCGCUUUGCCGGCCACAGACGCGCCGGUCGUCUACGAGGCUUGCUCCGUCCGCGGCGCAUGCGUCGGCGGAUGCGGCGAGUGUCGCGACGGCCACUCCGGGCCGCUGUGUGCAAUGUGCAUCUCAGGCUGGUCGCGCGACUUCUUCACAAUCGUCUCGCAUUGCUCAGAAUGCCCCAAUCAGCUGAAGCUUGCGGCUCUCCACGGCGGUACACUACUCGGCCUCGCGGUCUUCCUCUUCGUCUGCUACUUUUGCACAAAUCACUCCUUGCACGGGAAGCUGCGGGGCGAAGGCGACGAAGAGAGAAGCCGCUUCGUCCCUGCAAUGAAGAUGCUGAUGACGUUUCUCUCCGUCUGGGGGGUCUACGGCCUCCAAGCAGACUUGCGAGAGACAUGGGCAGAGAGCACUGAAGCCGAUUCCGCUGUACAAGCUUCCGAGGAUGAGGCAGCCGCCAUCGACGCCUUUCGGGGAUCUCCUGCCUACUUUGAAAAUUAUGUUUCUGCUGCUCGCAGCGUCUUGCUCAUCUCCGUUGCUGGUCAGAAGGUGGACUGCUGGUUUUCGGGCAAGCAACUGAGCCCUCUGUACGUGUACACGCUAGUGGCGUUUCUCGUUCCGGUCGCCGUUCUGUUUUUCCUCUUUGCCGCGUUCAAUCUCGUCUUUUUGACUCGGCGAAAUCGACCGCCGGCCAGCAAGAGGCUCUUCUUGAUCGUCACUGGCACCUCAUGGCGCGACGUCUUUGGACAGAAACUCACUGCAGCUUUCGGGCAGAUCCUCUCCGCGUUCCUCCUCUUCUGGGUGCCGGGAGCGACGACGUACUUCAUUGCCGCGCUCCAGUGCAUGUCUUUGGCGAGCGGGGAAAGAGUGCAGGUUUUUGACACCACCGUGAGCUGUGGCGGCCGUUCUUACUCGAACGCAACUCAGGUAGCUCUUCCCGGGAUGUUUCUCUGGACAUUUGGAUGUCCGAUUUUCUUUUUCCUCGCGAUGCUGUUUCACGUGCGGUCUCUGGAAGAGAGGAGAUGGCUGCUGAUCUUCGCCUUCCUCAACGACUUUUACCGGCCAAAGUUCUUCUGGUGGGAAUCCCUGCGUCUUCUCUUCGUCUCGACGCUCAUCUGUGUAGCCGUCAGUCCAUUCCCCAUCGGCCGGCCUUCCUUCCUCACAAUCCUCCUCGCUCUCUACGGCUCCGUUUUCGCUGUGGCUCGGCCCUACGUCGAGGAGACUCGACCGCCCUGGGUGUUGAUUCAGAAGUCGAAGAAGGGCAAAGGCCUCAAGAUUGGACGGAGUCUGCAGUUGCGCGAACUCCUCAUGUGGAUCGACCUCGCUCUCGCCUUCCAAGUGGACUCGGUCAGGAUCUCCCUCACCUCCGGUCUUCGAAGACGCGCGAUGGAAGUUCUCGUCGUCGUUCUUUUCUCCCUAGGGCAAUUGUUGCUUGUCGUCUGGGUCCUCUGGGAACUUGGCAGAGCAAUUCGAAGGCACUUCCGCAGAAAGAAAAGACAAGCGGAGAAGGAAGACUUCUCAGGCGAACAAGAUCUUCUUCCGGUCGUGGACUUGGAUCGCGACGACUCGGAGGAGAUGCUGUCUCACAAGUUUCUGUUGAGAGACGAACAGUUUUUCGCGGACGCCAUUCGCCUCUCGCCUUUUCCUGAAGAAGCGUUGGCGCAGACAGUCACUUUCAUGCAGGCAGAAAAUCUUUCGGCGUCGGACGUCUACGCUGCGGCUGACUUCCUCUUUGAGCAAGGGCACAUCGAGCCUCAGGGGCAGACGCUGUAUGUCACAGUUCCUCGGAUUGCGACCAUGUACAGCGACUUGACCUACGACAUUUCCACCACAGACGAGUUCCGAGAAGAAAUGAAGAAGUUGCUGAGACGCGUAGCUGCUAAACUUAAACUCCACAAUCUGGUCGGAGCGAGACUUGCAGUAGCGAAACAGAUUCGGACAAACUGCCGCAUCGUCGGCGGCAAAGGCGCUGGGGCAAGAAGGCGAAGAAGCAGAAGAAGAACUGAAACAGGAGAUGAAACGCAGUGGGAGAAGCUGCUGGGAGGCGAGACAAGCGCCGACGUCCAGCUUCGGUGGCUCCACAUGCGCAUGCAUCCAGACGACGCUUCAAGCGCUCGCACGCGAGCAGAAUUCGCUCUCAUCUUCCCCUCGGCCAAGCCAGUCUGCUUCCAGGAAGACUUAAAUCCUCCCGAGGAGCCGUCCGAGAAAGCCGAGCCGGGCUUGUUCGAGAGGCUGGGGAACGCCAUUUUUGGCGAAGAAACCUCCGAGGAGCCACACCUCCCUCCUCAUCUCCAGGAUCCUCUUAAUGUUCGCCUGCAUCCGAUUCCAGCUACGGACAUCAUUUGAACGAUUGAAGAUGAUGCUGGUUUCUGCUUCGUUCUGUGCUUUCUCUUCUGCAUUGCCUCCUGUCGACGUCUCUCUGUUGUCCUUUCGUGUCUCUCUCUCUGUCUCUCUUGCCCGUUUCUUCCUCAUCGUGCGUCUCUGCUUCUUUCUCUCUUCUCUCACCCUUUGUCGACUUCUCGUCUCCUUCCCCCGCUGUUCCGUUUGUCCGUUCUUUGUGAGCCGUCUCCUCUGCUCUCUGCGCCGCUGUUUUUCUCUUCCCUGAACAGACAGUUUCGUCUUCUCUCGCGCUUCUCCGCUUCACCCGUCCAGAGUGUCUCUGCGGAAGCGAGCGCGUUGUGUCCUCGUUUGGCUUGGGGCGCACAUCAAGGUUGCCAUGUUUCUUCUUCUCCGGCUCUUCUCACUUGUUUCAAAGGUCUCUUUCGCUCUGCAUCAUCGGUCGCGAGGCCCUUUGUCGCUGCGCGUCUUCCAAACGACUGUUGUUAUUAGUUCCUUCUCCAAAAACGGAGUGUCGACGUCUCUGUCUGCCCAUCUUAAGUCCCGCAGGACCGCAGGACAACCUUGUCAGUGCCGCCUGCCUCCGUGUCUCUGCUUUUCGUUGCUGUCCGUCGGCGUUUCCGGCCUUUUCCUCUGUUGGUUUGCACCUUUCUCCCUUCUCCUUUGUCGCCCCCGUGCAGCUCCGGCGCCGCUGCAUGCGCUGCCCCUUGCGGCUCCUCUCUCUGCAGAAAAAAAAGACGAGAGGAAAUCCUCUUCCGCGCCAUUCAAGGCUUUCCCA